CUUCUAUGCUAUGAGAGAACCAAACCCUCAUAAGCGCCACUCUGCGCUCUCAAGAUUCUUCGGUAAAAUGCCCUGUCAAGAGCACGAAGAAGAUGUUCUCGUAAUGAGCAGCCUCUGGAGCAUUGCCAUGAACCACCCCGACGACACAGAGCUCCCCUCCGUCGGCGUGCUGAGAUGCAUGUCUCUCCUCAUCCAAAAAGGCCUCUCUGACCCUUCAUGGCUCCAUCGACAUCAAAACAUCUAUAUUCCUUACUACGCAGCCCAUGUCAUCGGUUCGUACACUAUAAGUCUCCCUUCUCUCGCUUCCCUCGCAGUUGAAGCCGGCGUAAUCGCUCCUCUUCUUGGUCUAUUUAGCGGCCGAAUGACAUGGGUAGAACAGCGGGUCGCAGCCCGUGCAUUAGGCCAUCUUGCUAGCUACGACUCAACGUUCCCUAAAAUUGCCAGGCACGGUGAAGAGAUUUUAAGACUCGCCAUGAGAAUUUCAUCUACAUGUAUUAAUACUGUCUAUGAAAAGUUUCUUGUUGCGAAAAAGCGUGAGAAGUAUCAUUGUGACUUGCUGACCAGAGGGCUUGGAGGGGUACAGAUGGAGGACAGGAAGGCUGAGGAGUGGGCAAGCCAGCUGCAGUGCUGGUCAAUAUACCUAUUGAGUUGCUUUGCAUGGAGAGAGAAAAAUUACCAUAGCUUGAUUUGUGAGGAUUUAAGGUUCUUAAGAAAACUGUGCAGAAUGUGGGGAGGGAUGGUGAAUGGAGAUUCACCGGCCGGUGUUGGGCUAAUGAGGAUUCUUUGCCGGAGCGAGGUGGGGAGGGAGGCGAUGGCAGGGUGUUCAGAAGUCAUCGAUAGCCUCUGUAGCCUUUCGAGAUCGUCUGAUGACUGGCAAUAUAUGGGCAUCGAUUGCCUUUUACUGCUUGUUAAUGACCCGAAAACAAGGCCUAAGGUUAUGAGCAUUGCUUUAACUUGUCUUGUCGACUUGGCUGAGCUUGACAGCCUCGGCAACCGUCAAAAACUCGGCGAUGCCAUCACCAAGGCACUGUUGUUAGAUUUUAAGGGCAAAGGGAAGGAUAAAAGGAUUGAAAGUUUGUGGGAACUGAAGGUUCACAGAUAUCAGAAAGAAGAAGCAAUGACAGAGGAAGAGCUAGAGAAGCAACGUGCAGUAUCUACGACAAAGAAGCAAGAAGGAAAUGAGAAAUUUUGGUCAGGUGACAUUGAAGAAGCUAUCGUUCUAUACACUGAAGCACUAGAGCUGUGUCCCUUAAGGAGGAGGAAGGAAAGACUGGUGCUAUACAGCAAUAGAGCGCAGUGCCACUUAUUGGUGCAAGAGGUAGAUAAAGCAGUAAGCGACUCGACACGGGCCUUAUCUCUGUCGAGGCCAGCAAAUUCGCAUAGCAAGAGCCUGUGGAGGAGGGCACAGGCUUAUGAUAUGAAAGGGAUGCCGAAAGAGAGCUUAUUGGACUGCAUCAUGUUCAUAAAUGGGCAAUUCAAUAAGAGGAAAGGGAAGGGUAGCAUGAGAUCCAAGGUUCCUUAUUAUGCUGUUCGGAUGAUCAACAAACAGAUGACUGCUGCUGGGCUCUUUGCCAGUGCAAUUAUGAUGAGCAGUAACCCAGUGGAGAGUGAAAACAUAAAUCCUAGAUCAGGAUUGGGUCUGCCUACUAUUGAAGAAGAUGAUGAAGAAGAAAUUGGCUUCUUUUUGUAUGAGAAUCCCAACAUGGGCCUAUUGCCAAAUAUGAGGCAACUGCAGAGUGAACAGACAAUCAAGAGGCAUAAAAGAGCUCUAGUUCCAGCAAUUGUAGAAGAUGCAAUUAAUGUUCCUAGUCUCAAGUUUCACUUCAAAUUCGAUCUCACUAUGUAUACGUUUUUUAACGUAAAUUCGUAA